AGCUGUGGCCGGGAGCAGACCCUCACUCAUCUCCGUGCCUCCAGCUGACUCAAACGGGCCAUGUCCCAGCACCUGCUCCUUCCGCUUGUGAUCCUCGCCAUCAGCCCCAUCCCAGGAGCUUUCCAGGACUCAGCUCUCAGUCCCACGCAGGAAGAACCUGAAGAUCUAGACUGCGGUCGCCCUGAGUCCUCUGCCCGAAUCGUGGGGGGCUCAGACGCGCAGCCAGGCAGCUGGCCGUGGCAGGUGAGCCUGCAGCAGAGUGGGGGCCACAUCUGCGGGGGCUCCCUCGUCGCCCCUUCCUGGGUGCUCUCGGCUGCUCACUGUUUCGUGAAGAACGGGACCCUGGAGCCUGCGACCGAGUGGUCGGUACUGCUGGGCGUGCACUCCCAGGACGGGCUCUUGGACGGCGCGCACGUCCGCGCAGUGGCCGCCAUCCUGGUGCCGGACAACUACAGCAGCGUGGAACUGGGCGCCGACCUGGCCCUGCUGCGCUUGGCCUCGCCCGCCCAGCUGGGCCCCGCGGUGCGGCCGGUCUGCCUGCCGCGCGCCUCGCACCGCUUCGCCCACGGCGCGGCCUGCUGGGCCACCGGCUGGGGGGACAUCCAGGAAGCGGAGCACCUGCCUCUCCCAUGGGUGCUACAAGAAGUGGAGCUAAGGCUGCUGGGAGAGGACGCCUGUCAGUGUCUCUAUAGCCGGCCUGGCCCCUUCAACCUCACUUUCCAGCUCUUGCCAGGGAUGCUGUGUGCUGGCUACGCGGGGGGCCGCAGAGACACCUGCCAGGGAGACUCUGGGGGGCCUCUGGUCUGUGAGGAAGGUGGCCGAUGGUUCCAGGCGGGAAUCACCAGCUUUGGCUUUGGCUGUGGACGAAGGAACCGCCCUGGAGUCUUCACUGCGGUGGCUCCCUAUGAGGCAUGGAUACGGGAACAGGUGAUAGGCUCAGAGCCUGGGCCUGCCUUUCCCACCCAGUCCUGGGAGCCCCAGUCAGGUCCCUGGGAUGAGAACUGCACCAUUGCCCUGCCAGAGUGCGGCAAGGCCCCAAGGCCAGGGACCUGGCCCUGGGAGGCCCAGGUGAUGGUGCCAGGAUCCAGACCCUGCCAUGGGGCGCUGGUGUCUGAAAGCUGGGUCUUGGCACCUGCCAGUUGCUUUCUGGACCCCAUCAAUUCAGACGGCCCGCCCCGCGACCGGGACAACUGGCGCGUGCUGCUGCCCUCGCGUCGGCGCGCAGAGCUGGUGGCGCGCCUCGUGCUGCACGAGAAUGCCUCGUGGGACGACGCCUCGGACCUGGCGCUGCUGCAGCUGCGAGCGCCGGUGAACCUGAGCACGGCCCCGCGGCCAGUGUGCCUACCUCACCCAGAACAUUAUUUCCUGCCCAGGAGCCGCUGCCGCCUGGCUCUCUGGGGUCGCGGGGAGCCUGCGCCUGGCCCCAACUCACAGCUGGAGGCGGAGCUGUUGAGCGGCUGGUGGUGUCACUGCCUGUACGGCCGCCAGGGGGCGUCGGUGCCGCCGCCGGGAGACCCGCCGCACGCGCUCUGCCCCGCCUACCAGGAGGAGGAGGAGGCGGGCCGCUGCUGGAACUACUCUCAUCGGAGUCUUCUGUGCAAGGAGGAGGGGACCUGGUUCCUGGCUGGAAUCAGCGAUCUCUCCAGUGGCUGCCUACGCCCCAGAGUCUUCCACCCCCUGCAGACCCAUGGCCGGUGGAUCAGCCAUGUGACUGGGGGAGCCUCCCUCGAAGACCAGCUGAACUGGGACUGGGGCCCUGAGGGGGAGGAGACCGAGACACAGACUUGUCCCCCCCACACAGAACAUGGUGCCUGUGGCCUGAGACCAGAGCCCGCUGUGAUGGGGGUCCUGUGGCCCUGGCUGGCAGAGGUGCACGUAGCUGGAGAUCGAGUCUGCACUGGGAUCCUCGUGGCCCCAGGCUGGGUUCUGGCAGCCACUCACUGUGUCCUCAGGCCAGGCUCUACCACAGUGCCUUAUGUUGAAGUGUACCUGGGCCAGGCAGGGGCCAGCCCCCUCCCACAGGGCCACCAGGUAUCCCGGUUGGUCAUCAGCAUCCGCCUGCCCCGGCACCUGGGACUUCGGCCCCGCUUGGCCCUCCUGGAGCUGAGCUCCCGGGUGGAACCCUCCCCAUCAGCCUUGCCCAUCUGCCUUCACCCAGGGGGUAUCCCCCUGGGGGCCAGCUGUUGGGUGCUGGGCUGGAAGGACCCCCGGGACCGAGUCCCGGUGGCCGCAGCUGUCUCCAUCUUGAUGCCACGACUCUGUCACUGUCUCUAUCAGGGCAUUCUGCCCCCUGGGACUCUCUGUGUUCUGUAUUCGGAGGGUCAGGAGGACAGAUGUGAGGUGACCUCGGCACCUCCGCUCCUGUGCCUGACCGAGCGAGGCUCCUGGGUCCUCAUGGGCAUGGCUGUUCCGGGGAGCCGGGAGCUAUUUGCUGCCAUUGGCCCCGAAGAGGCCUGGAUCUCCCAGACAGUGGGGGAGGCCCAUUUCCUGCCUCCCAGUGGCUACCCCCACUGGCCCCCUGAAGGCAGCGACCUGUGCCCCCCCUACAUGGCCAGCGCCCCAGGCUCCCCUCAGGCUGCUGUAUUCCUGCUGCUACUAACCCCCCUGAUCCAGGACUCGCGGCUGGAAUGUGGCCCAACCGGCUCUGUUCCCCUGCCGGAGCCUCCGCAGCGCCCCGCCCACCUGGGCUGCAGGGCCUUCGGGUCAUCGGGCCUCAGCGCCCGGCUGUUGAGGGCUCAGGAGCCUUGGGGGCAGCGGGCAGCGGAUAAUAAAGGUGGAUCCAGCACUCUGGAAGGUCUCUGCGUAGCCUGGCCCGGCUGGAGACGUGUCCUCACGGGCGACUGCGGAGACCCCAGCGUCUCCCUUCGCGCCUUAUUCCUGCCUUCGAAGCUAGCCUUGAACGUCUCUUUCCCCUUCCCAGCACGAUUCCAGGAUCCCUUCCCUCUGGGGCCGAUACCUGGAACUUGCGUUUUGAAACCAGCCCUAGGUACCUUCCCUAGGGUGCCUGGUGUCUCUCCCCAGGGGCCCUGGUCCUGGGCCAUGGCCCACAGGGCAGGCCUGGGGCCUGGGUGGCUGGGGGCUGUGGCCAUUCUGCUUUUACUUGGAUUAUUCCGGUCCGGACUUGCCUCCUGUGGUGUGGCCUCCCAAGCACGCAUCACCGGGGGUGCUGGCGCAGCUGCCGGCCAGUGGCCCUGGCAGGUCAGCAUCACCUACGACGGCACCCACGUGUGUGGCGGGUCUCUCGUGUCUGAGCAGUGGGUGCUCUCAGCUGCUCACUGCUUCCCAAGGGAGCACCUCAAGGAAGACUAUGAGGUAAAGCUGGGGGCCCACCAGCUGGACUCCUACACCCCUGAGGCCGAGGUCCGCACCGUGGCCCAGGUCAUUUCUCACCCCAGCUACCGCCAGGAGGGCUCCCAGGGCGACAUCGCGCUUCUCCGGCUCGGGAGGCCGGUCACCUUCUCCCGCUACAUCCGGCCCAUCUGCCUCCCUGCAGCCAACACCUCCUUCCCCAAUGGCCUCCAAUGUACUGUCACUGGAUGGGGCCACGUGGCGCCCUCAGUGAGCCUCCUGGUCCCCCGGCAGCUACAGCAACUUGAGGUACCACUGAUCAGCCGUGAGACGUGUAACUGCCUGUACAACAUCAACGCCAAGCCUGACGAGCCCCACUUUAUCCAGCAGGACAUGGUGUGUGCCGGCUACGUGGAGGGGGGCAAGGAUGCCUGCCAGGGUGACUCUGGGGGCCCACUCUCCUGCCCCGUGGGGGGCCUCUGGUACCUGGCAGGCAUUGUGAGCUGGGGCGAUGCCUGUGGGGCCCCCAACAGGCCUGGCGUGUACACUCUGACCUCCAGCUAUGCCACCUGGAUUCACUAUCACGUGACAGAGCUGCAGCCUCGUGCGGUGCCCCAGGUCCAGGAGUCCCAGCCCGAUGGCCAUCUCUGUGUCAACCAUCAGGCCUUCAGCUUGGCCCCAGCCUGGGGCUUACAGGGGCUCGUCCUUCUGUUGCCACUGGGCCUGACCCUGGGCCUCGUCUGCUAAGCUAGUCAUCCUGGGAGCUGACCCUGCUUCCUGGA